AGGAGGAGGAGGAGGAGGAAGGGGGGGAGGAAGGGGAAGGGGCCGGCUCGCUGCCCCCCCGGCCCGGCCCGGCCCGGCCCGGCCCGUUCCGCGGGCGGAUUGAUGUGGGGGGGUCUGACAUGAGUCCGCCGGCGGCCGGGUGCUGCCAUGUGACCGGCUUCAAGGUGGAGAACUGGAAGCAGAACCUGCGGGCCAUCUACCAGUGCUUCGUCUGGAGCGGCUCGGCCGAGACCAGGAAGCGCAAGGCAAAGUCGUGCAUUUGUCAUAUGUGUGGUGCCCACCUGAAUAGACUCCACUCUUGCCUCUACUGUGUCUUCUUUGGCUGUUUUACAAAGAAACAUAUUCACGAGCACGCCAAGACAAAGCGACACAAUUUAGCCAUAGACCUGUUGUAUGGGGGUAUAUACUGCUUUAUGUGUCAAGAUUACAUAUACGACAAAGACAUGGAACAAAUUGCCAAAGAAGAACAACGAAAAGCUUGGAAAUUACAAGCCUUCACCCCAACAGUGGUUUCUCACUACCAGUGUACAAUGACAGGCAUUGGAGAGAAGUAUUCAACAUGGGAGCCAACCAAACGAGAGUUAGAAUUGCUACGACACAACCCCAAACGGAGAAAAAUAACUACAAAUUGCACCAUAGGUCUACGAGGGCUAAUCAAUCUUGGGAACACAUGUUUUAUGAACUGUAUUGUCCAGGCACUUACCCACACUCCACUGCUGCGAGAUUUCUUCCUCUCCGACAGGCACAAAUGUGAAAUGCAAAGCCCCAGCUCAUGUCUGGUCUGUGAAAUGUCUACGCUUUUUCAGGAGUUUUACUCUGGGCACCGAUCUCCUCACAUUCCAUAUAGGUUAUUGCACCUGGUAUGGACUCAUGCACGGCAUUUAGCAGGGUACGAGCAACAAGAUGCACACGAGUUCCUCAUUGCUGCAUUAGAUGUGCUACACAGACACUGCAAAGGUGAUGAUAAUGGGAAGAAGGCCAACAACCCCAACCACUGUAACUGCAUCAUAGACCAAAUCUUCACAGGCGGACUGCAGUCUGAUGUUACCUGUCAAGUCUGCCAUGGCGUUUCCACAACGAUAGACCCAUUUUGGGACAUCAGUUUGGAUUUGCCAGGCUCUUCCACCCCGUUCUGGCCACUGAGUCCAGGGAGUGAUGGCAGUGUCGUAAAUGGGGAAAGCCAUGUAUCAGGCACCACCACUCUCACAGACUGCUUGCGAAGGUUUACAAGGCCAGAACAUCUAGGAAGCAGUGCCAAAAUCAAAUGUAGUGGUUGCCAUAGCUACCAGGAAUCUACCAAACAACUCACUAUGAAGAAAUUACCCAUUGUGGCCUGUUUUCAUCUCAAACGGUUUGAACACUCAGCCAAACUGAGGCGAAAGAUCACUACGUAUGUCUCGUUUCCGCUGGAGCUGGACAUGACACCAUUCAUGGCUUCCAGUAAAGAGAGCAGAAUGAACGGGCAAUACCAGCAGCCGACGGAUAGUCUAAACAAUGAUAAUAAGUAUUCCUUGUUUGCAGUAGUUAAUCACCAGGGAACCUUGGAGAGCGGGCACUAUACCAGCUUCAUCCGGCAGCACAAGGACCAGUGGUUCAAGUGUGAUGAUGCCAUUAUCACCAAGGCUAGCAUUAAGGAUGUACUAGACAGUGAAGGGUAUUUGCUGUUCUAUCACAAACAGUUCCUGGAGUAUGAAUAGCCUUAUCCAGCAGCUUGUCAGAUAUAAACAAGGAAGAAAAUAAGCAAGCCUUCUGAAUCGACACACAAACCUACCUGAAAUGAAAAGACCCAUUAAAAAACAACUAGCACUGAGCUGUAACAGGACCUACUUGACACUGGCUCAAAGCCUGGCGGAGUAAGAAACGAACAAUGUCCAACGUGUAUGCAGUCCCGCAAGGACAGAAAGGGGGAAAAAGGAGGCUACAGUCAGUCACUUAACAGAGGAAAUAUAAAAUGAAAGGAAUGCUCUGGGUGGGGGAAAUGGGAGCAGAGGAGUCCAGGCACUGGUACAUCUCCUAUGUUCCUCCAAAAUGUGUGUGGGAAGGCAAGGGGGUGUACCCUCAUCUCCAUAAAGCAUCUUCUCCAUUGGUGCUUCAGCUCCAACGACCAAUCAUAUAACAGUUAAAAUUAAAAAUCCAAGCCCAUUUUUUAUGCAUAUGGGUCUGAAAGCAGUAAAGUGGAGGAGGAUGGGAUGACACAACUAAAGGACUUUGCAAGUAUCUUUUUAUUUGUGAAUUUUAGUUAUUAAAUAAAUACAGUAUGAAAC